AUGCACGAAGCCCAUGAAGCUCUUGAGACAUACAGCAAGAAAGAUCCCGUCAAAGUGCGAUUCAAGGCUGUCGGAAGUGCACCCAUUAUGAAACAGAACUUCUACAGGAUCACCGCGUCGAACAGAUUUCAGGCUGUGAUACAGUUUCUGAGGAGGGAGCUGGGCUGGAAGGCUGGGGACCCUCUGUUCACCUACAUCAAUCUCGCCUUCUCCCCUGCUCCAGACGACACUGUCUCGAAUUUGUUCAAAUCGUUUGCGACGGAUGGACAUCUGAUAGUGAACUACAGUACCACAGCAGCAUGGGGUUGA